AUGAUUGCUGCAACUCGAGGAGGUCCGAUGAGCCGUACAGUAGCUCGGCGUGUUGGUUACCAAAUGCCGCGUCAUUCAGCGAACGCAUUGUCUACAGCUUGGUCAUCUGUAACGCCAUCAUGCUCGUCUCGACGUGAGGACGAGGAAGAUGGAGUCUCACAGAGGCGAACGUAUCACACCACAACACCAUCGUCAAUUGCUCCAUUUCUUCCUGAGAUUAUCAUUGGUGGUGGGAUUAUUGGUGGAUGGGCCAUUCAUCGCAUUUCGCAGGGCAAACCGCUCACUCCCGACGAAGCAUUGGAAGCUCAAGAAUUGUACAGGCGCCAAGAAGAGGAUCUGAGAAGACGUCAACAAGAAUAUCAGCGCCAGAAGAAGCAGCCUAGAGAAAUGAAUUUUAGUAAGCGUUAA